GCUCCGCCCGCCCCGCCGAGCCUCUCGCGGCCGCUGCCUGCCCGGCGGCCCGCGUCGCAGCCGUAGUUAGCCGAGCGCGGGCUAUGGCCGCCGCGGGGGGCGCCCGGCUCCUGCGCGCCGCCGCCUGCGCGGCCCUGGGCGGCCCGGCCCGCCGGUGGCUGCUCCUCGCGGGCCCCCGCGCCGGAGCGGGAGGCCUGCUGGGGCCCCGGGGCUCGGGCGGGAGCGCGGGGCCGAGCCGGCCGCUGAGCGUGUCGGCGCCGGCGCGGAGCAGCUCAGAAGAUAAAAUAACAGUCCACUUUGUAAACCGUGAUGGUGAAACACUAACAGCCAAAGGAAAAGUUGGUGAUUCUCUGCUAGAUGUUGUGGUUGAAAAUCAUCUAGAUAUUGAUGGUUUUGGUGCGUGCGAGGGAACCUUGGCUUGCUCUACCUGUCACCUCAUCUUUGAAGACCACAUAUUCGAGAAUUUAGACCCAAUCACUGAUGAGGAGAAUGACAUGCUUGAUCUGGCAUAUGGACUAACAGACAGAUCACGCUUGGGCUGCCAAAUCUGUUUGACGAAAUCUAUGGACAACAUGACUGUUCGAGUACCUGAAGCAGUGGCUGAUGCCAGACAGUCUAUUGACAUGGGCAAGACCUCCUAAGCUAGAAUAAAUAGGAAUAUUUUUGCGAAACUUUACCUAUUUUUAUAAUUAUUAUUGAUAUAAUUAAAUGUGAACAUGGAUGAACAGAC